AUGUUCGUGGACGUCGUAUCCGUGAUCCCUUACGACACCAUCAACGUCAUCCUGAGCCAGGGGAGCUCGGACCCAGACGACUCGAGCUUCAAGGCGGUUCGCAUCAUUCGUCUGCUGAGGCUGCUGAAGCUCCUGCGCAUCCUCCGCGGCAUGCGCAUCUUUAAGCGGUGGGAGGCGCGCUUGACGCUGAACUACGCCAUGCUGUCCCUGCAGAAGUACUUCCUCACCCUCUUACUCGCGGCGCACUGGAUCGGAUGCACGCUGUUCUUGGUGCAUCACAUCCUCGAGCUGGACUGCAGGGACGACCCGAACAAGAUCGACAGGUGCACCUUUCUCUAUUACUACAUGGACGGUAAGCUCGUGGACGCGGACCCGGCGGGGAAGUACCUGCUGUCGGUAUACUUCGCCUCCGGCGAGCUCAUGGGGACGCCGUUCGGAGACUUGAUCCCGGUAAGGCCCGAGGAGCGAUUAUACUUCACCAUCUGCCACCUCACCGCGGGUUUCGUCAACGCGUACCUGGUGGGCGGGAUGGUCGCGGCGAUCACGGCGCUGAACGCGAGAAACCAGAGCUUCUACAACAGCAUGGACAUUCUGAACCGUUUCUUGACUGAGAAACGGCUCAACGCGCGGAACCCACGCCUGUGCGAGCGGCUCAGGUCGUAUUACAUCUUCAGGCACAACGAGGGGGACGGCGACGGGUGGAAGGACAUCGUGCUUCGAACCUCGCGCGAGAUGCAGGGCGAGGUUGUUCAGGAGCUCCACAGCGACUGGCUCAGGCGCGUGCACUACUUCAGCGGCGUCGACGUGGAAGGGAACGAGUGGGAGGUGGACGACGACUUCAAGCUGCAGCUGUCGCUGUCCAUGUCCGUCGAGGUGGUGGCUCCGAUGGAGACGGUGUUCAAGGAGGACUCUCCCAUCGACCAGCUCUACGUCAUUCAGCAGGGCGUGGUCGGAUGCAAGGGACACGUCCUGAAAAAGGGCGACCCCUUCGGCGAGGACGUCCUCGUGUACUACUCCCCGGAGGUUCUCGACGAGCAGGAGUUUCGAACGAGGUACGGCGCGAGGUGGGUGUGCCGACCCAACGGCCGCGGGUACCGAGCCACCGCAAUGACAAACGUCUUACUGCUCGCGUUCCCCGGCGACGCCAUCCACGAGUUACUGGACAGGCCAAAGUACGAGUACAUCAAGCGCCAGGUGAGGCGCAAGAUGUUCGUGUGGCAGGUGCGGCACGUGAUGCUCACGAUGUACCGCGCGCUGAAGGAGGCUGUGGCGGCGGACACCUACGCGGACGGCAUGCAGGUGCUGCUGCAGCAGUACGGCUUCGAGAUGAUGCAAAACGUGCCGACGAUUAACGAGCGGUACAUGAUCAUGCGCGAGGCCAAGGGCGACGACGAGGUCAAGGUCAUGCGCCUGUUCCGCAAGAUGUGGAACCGCAAGAGGUUCAUCGCCGCCGUCGAGGGUUUGGUCCGCAAGCGCAGACGCGAGCGCGCCCUCGUCGAAGUUCGCGACGAGCUCAGGCUUAACGUGCUCAAACCCGUCGGCGCGGAAACGUACGCCAACGCGCUCGUCGCUCAGGGCGUCACCACGCGAACCGUGCGGGACUUCAGCGCGAUGGAGCUGGUGACGAGCGGCCUCCCCGUGGUGCUCGCCAAGCGCGUGUACAAGGCGGCGCGCAACCUCCCGGAGACGGACGUGAGCCACGUCGGCGCCGACGGCGUGGCGGUGGAUUCGAGAUUCGUCGCGGGCAAAGGGUGCGUCGCCGAGUUGGAGAGGCUGGACGCGGAGGCGAAGAAGAAGAAGCGCGAGCUCAUGCGCUCGUUGCUGUACGCGGACGAGAACGACGACGACGACGAUGACGACGACGACGACGACGGGGACGGGAGGCCCCCGCCGGCGCCGCCGCAGAUGCCGCCGCCGGCGGUGCCCGGGGGACCGAUGCACGGCGGCCGAUCGCUCUUGGCGCAACACCGCCUGGGGGGAAGCGGAAGCGGCAGCGGGAGGAGCACCCCCCGCUCCAUCUCUCGGGCAUCGUCCAGCAACCAGCUGUACGGACCGGCGGGGUGA